CGCAUGCGCAGUCCGUGUUGUGUUCAUAAACAUGGCUGGUGUUGGCUUCCGACGCUGGGCUCAAGCGCUCUCUAAAUACAAACGACCUGGUAUUUCAUCGCUCCUGUCGGGAUGCAGAGCGGCCUCGAUGUUAUCGAAAGAAAAUCUUCCUGGUGCUUACCCAAAGACUCCAGAGGAGCGAGCUGCUGCUGCAAAGAAGUACAACCUCACUUUGGAGGACUAUAAUCCGUAUCCCGAUGAUGGAAUGGGCUUUGGUGAUUAUCCAAAGCUACCAGAUAGAUCUCAGCAUGAGAGAGACCCGUGGUAUCAGUGGGACGAGCCUGACCUGAGGAGGAACUGGGGUGAGCCGAUGCACUAUUUUUUUGACAUGUACAUGAGGCUCCGUGUGGAUACAUCACCCACUGCCGUGCCCUGGUCCAGUAUGUGCAAACAGCUGUUUGGUUUCAUUGGGUUCAUGCUGUUUAUGUUCUAUGUUGGGGAGAAAUUUCCAGCAUAUCAGCCAGUGGCUCCGAAACAAUACCCCUACAACAACCUGUACUUGGAGAGAGGAGGAGAUCCUGAAAAACAACCAGAGGAAGUCAAAAAUUAUGAAAUCUAAUUACCUUUAUAUAAAUCCAGUAAAUUUCACACAUCUGUGUGUGUGUAUAUAUAUUUCUGUGGCAAAUAAAGAUGUGUUAACCCAUAUGGUA